AAACACAAAAAAGAAAAGAAGAGAAAACAUGAAAAGAAACGUAAAAGAUCUGAGAGAUCUCAUAGUCCAGUUUUGCACAAGAAAAAGAAAAAGAAAAGUAAACAUAAAUCUCGUAGUGGAAGUCCAGAAUUUGAAGAGGAAGGUGUAGGUGAUGGUAGUGUUAGUUUCCGAAGAUGACAUGUCAGAACCAAUUGUAGUUAAAUGUGUUCCUAGAGUUGCUCCUAGUCAUGACCCUAGAUCAGCAGGUGCACCAUCUAGGCCAAGGAAUCGUGGUGAGGAACCCAGUCCAGUUAGUUCUCAUGAUGAUGAAGUUAUACAUACUCCACCACAACCUGUUCCAGAAACAAAUCAUACCCGUAGCAAUGAGCUUCGGAGAACACCUCCACAUAUUGCUCAUCAUAGAUCCAGAGAGCGCACUCCUACUCAUAGGUCUCCACACAAGAUCACCACAUACGCCCAGCCCGCCUCGCCACCGUAGUGCUCGUCAUGCUACACCGCCUCCACCA